AUGAUGAAUUGCAUUACCCAGCCUGGUAUUUAUUUGCCCAAGAAAGAAGAAAGUGGUAAGAAGAAAUUUACAUUGGAAGAAGACACAUUCAUCCUCUACAUGGUUUCCAGAAUUGGACAAAAAUCAUGGAAAAUAAUUUCUAGCCUUAUGCCAGGUAGAAAUGCUAGACAAGUCAGAGAACGCUACAAACACUAUCUUUCCCAAAAUAUUCAGAAAGAUCCUUGGACUGAAGAAGAAGAUCAACUUAUAAUUCAGAAAGUUAAUAAAUGGGGACAAAAGUGGACAGAAAUUGCCAAACUUAUGCCUGGUAGAACUAAUGUAAAUAUCAAAAAUAGAUAUCAUCUUUUGAUGAGAAAAAUGAAAAAGAAUUCAAAUUCUCAAACAGAAAGUAGCACAACAUCAGAUACACCAUCAUUCCAAUAUCAAGAACUAUUUCUUAAUGAACCAUAUAUCAAUGUGGAAUUCGAAAUCUUUGACGAGUUAUGCAAUAGUUGUUGCUGA